CGUGCGUGACAGUGCGCGCCCGGCAACACACUCACACAUAAUCUACUCAUACACACACGCAUCCACCCACCUCACCUACUCACCCACCAACAAUACUUUAAUCAAAUCAUAAAUCAACAAAAUGUGCAUCCUGAUUGUGCUCGCGAUAAUCGCGGUGGUGCUCGCCACUGUCGCCUUUGGACGGCGUGCCGCCCCUGGCAACAACCCCCAGUCGAUCGGAGGUGAUAAGGACCUACGUCCGCCUCCUGGUCCCCGACCACUACCCCUCAUUGGUAGUUUACAUCUGCUGGGCACGCACGAAACGCCCUUCCAGGCGUUCACGGCGCUCAGCAAGAAGUACGGCGAUGUGUUCAGCAUCACUCUCGGGACCACAAAGUGUGUGGUCGUCAACAACUUCAAUCUCAUCAAGGAGGUGCUCAUCACCAAGGGCGGAGACUUCGGGGGACGCCCUGAUUUCAUCAGAUUUCAUAAGCUCUUCGGAGGCGAUCGCAAUAAUUCGCUUGCUCUAUGCGACUGGUCGGCCCUUCAAAAGACCCGCCGUAGUAUCGCCCGGACGUACUGCUCGCCACGCUUCACCUCCCUGCAGUACGACCAUGUCAACCUGGUCGGUUCCGAUGAGGUCAAGGUGUUCCUCAACGCCCUACAACAGAAGGACACCUCGGUGCCCAUCGAUGUAAAACCCUUGGUCCUUGCCGCUUGCAUGAACAUGUUCACCCAGUACAUGUGCUCAACCAGUUUUGAUUAUGAAGAUGAUCACUUCAAACACGUGGUGCGUACUUUCGACGAAAUCUUCUGGGAGAUCAAUCAAGGGUAUGCAGUUGACUUCCUCCCAUGGUUACUACCAGCUUACAAGGGUCACAUGAGGAAGUUGGGUGAUUGGGCUUCGGAUAUCCGACAGUUUAUCCUCACGCGUAUCAUUGAUGAACGCCGCCUUGCUUUGGAUACCACCCUACCUCCAAGGGACUUCACCGAUGCUCUUCUCAUUCAUUUAAUUGAAGACGAAGCAGACCGGAAGCAACAAGAAUACGAAACAAAAAAAGCCCGCCUACAAAAAUCCCCACAACCGGAAGUCAACACAUCAGAAGAAUCUACAACGACCACUGAUGAAUCCGGUGAGAACCUCAACUGGCAACACAUCAUCUUCGAACUAGAAGACUUCCUGGGAGGACAUUCCGCCAUUGGGAACCUCAUCAUGAUCACCCUAGCUUCAGUAGUAAGCCGGAAGGACGUAGUGAGAAAGAUCCAAGCUGAAAUUGACUCUGUCACCGGAGGUCAAAGACUACCCACUCUCCUGGAUAAAGAAAACAUGCCUUAUACCGAAGCCGUCAUCUGGGAAGCCCUUCGAACAGCUAGCUCCCCAAUCGUCCCACAUGUAGCAACCACCACCACAAUGAUCGACGGCUACCGGGUAGACCAAGGUACUGUCCUCUUCGUCAAUAAUUACGAAUUAAACGUUGGGGAAGCCUACUGGGACAAACCGGAAGAAUUCCUCCCGGAGCGUUUCAUCUCCCCAGCGGGUCACGUCGUCAAACCAGCCCACUUCAUCCCCUUUAGCACCGGUAAACGCACGUGCAUCGGCCAGCGCCUUGUGCAGUGCUUCAGUUUCCUGCUCGUCGCUGCUCUGUUUCAGAAUUACGACAUUGAGCAAACAGAGUCCAUCCACCUGGUGCCCUCUUGCGUUGCGGUGCCGCCCGACGCGUUCAAAUUGAGGUUAACGCCGCGAUCAUACGAAUAAACUCUCCUCCUCCUCACACACGCUCAUGCAUUUUGUUUUUGUUUUUUUGAACGCGCGCGUAUUAUAUUAAUAUUUUCGCUCACUGCUCACACUGCCGCAAUCAAUAACAAAUCUUUUCGCUCAUCUCGUCGCAGACAUCUAUCAACAUCACCGACCCCCUCCACUGGAAUCGCGUUUUUAUCAUAAACGUUAUUAUUAUUUUUAUUAUUAUAUCAUAAUUAUAUUUAACAUGGUUAGUACGAAAAGGAAGACACAGCAGAUAUUUUUUUAUGUUUCCAUUACUCCUUGUAUAUAUAUGUGUGUAUCACUCUGUCACUUGUCUUUGUCUUCACUCUCUCUCUACUAGCACUGUCGUCUCAUUGUGAAUUAUGUAUGUAAAAAAGAACGUUAGCUAUUUAUAUAAAUAUAUAUAUUAUGUAUUUGUAAAACAUUUUAUGUCGUAAGGUCUCCAGAUGUUAUGUUCUAUGUAUUGAGACUGAAUAAAUAUGUAUUUUAUUUUGCCAUGUAUUGAAAAAAUAUGGGGAUAUAAGUGAAAGUUUAUAUAGAAAUACACUUUUUAAACAAAAA